GACGCCACUUCCGGGGCGGGGCGCCGCAGGCCCCGGCGCCGCGGCCCUUUUAAGGCCGGAGCCGGGCGGGCGGCGCGGGCCGCGGGCCGGGCGCGGCCAUGGUGGUGCUGCCGGGGGGCGCCGCGGGGCGCGGCCGGGCCCCCGAGGAGCCCUGCCGGAGGAUCGAAGACUGCCUGCCUCCCCUGGAGGACUCUCCGUCCAAGAGGUUCUCUCCCUCCAAGCGAAAGCAGUAUUAUAUCAACAAGGCCAUCCGCAACUCGGACCUCAUCCCCAAAGCCAAGGGGCGCAAGAGCCUGCAGAGGCUGGAGAACACUCGGUAUCUCAUGACGCUUUUGGAGCGAGACGAAUGUGGGAAUGAUGAGGGAGAGCUUGCCCACUCCGCUACCCCGAGCAUCUUCACUGAGGCCUGUAACAACGAGACCUACGUGGAGAUCUGGAAUGACUUCAUGAACCGGUCAGGAGAAGAGCAAGAGAGAGUUCUGCUCUACCUGGAGGAGGAGGCCAGGAAGAAACACAAGAGGAAGCUGCCUGUGAAGAAUGAAGACAAGUGGAAAGCUCCAGAGCACCCUGCCUACACGCCCAAGGAGUGCUUCCAGCGCAUCAGCCGCCGGCUUCGCUCCACCCUGAAACGAGGCAGGAUCCCCAUGGGGACCCUGGAGUGCCUGGAGGAGGAGCUGCUGGCCUUUUUCUCCGUCACCCCUCACUCAGUUUACACAGCGUUGAUGGACAACAGCUUCGAGCGACUCCUGCUCCACGCGCUCUGCCAGUACAUGGACCUCGUCUCUGCCAGUUCGGACAUUGAAGGGAAACGCCAAAUGAAAGUGAGCAACAAACACCACGUCUUCCUGCGCCCCGAGCUCCUGCUCUCAGACUACCUGGAGCAGAUGAGCUGAUACACCGAAGGAUGCCCUGCCCCUCGCUUGGUGCGCUGAAGGCUUCGUUCAUCUGCUCCUGGCCUCUCCCAGCUGCUUGGUCCCCGUCACCGGAGAAGCCUGGUCUGCUGUCCGCCUCUCACCUCGCACAGCGCAGGACUGCGAGGCGCAGCGCGGAUCGGCUCCCUCCGUGCGCCCUGCUUUGGGGCUCUUCCCUUCCCCACCUCCGAGAGCGGAUGCCCGAGACAACGGCUGUGACACGUGGUGCGAAGCAAGGCGCUUACAGCCGUGCUCUCCGUCCUGACGUAGCCCAGGCCUGCUCUGAGGAACAGUGCUCUGAUCCCUCAGGGAUACGUGGACUUGGCCCGCGGGCUUCGCCCCUGGCGAGCGCGGUCCGGACAGUGCGGGGCUGAACCUGGUGCACGCUGCCCUCCCAGCCCCUCCGGGUGCAGCCGAGGGGCGGAAAGGUGGGCUGAGAGCUGCUCAUCUUGUCACACCGGGGUGGAAGCGUUUGCUCAGCUGCUGGCGUGCUUUCUGCAGAGGCCAGAUUGUCUAGUUUUUUUUCUUUCCCCAGGCCAGUGCUCUCUGCUCGUGAUCUGGCAGCGGGACUCCGGGCUGUGUGGUGCUGUGAGAUACCGCCAUGCUCGGGGCGCGAGGCGUGGGCGAAGCAGGUGCCUAUCUGCCGUGCUUGCCCCGUUUCCCUGGUUGCUGCGCUGUUUCCCAGCGGAAGCUGCUCUGCCUGGAGAGUGUUUGUGUGUCUAAUUAUAGCCCAGGUGCUUUUAAAAAUGAGCAGGCUGGACCGGAACCACCUCUGGCAUUGUGGUGCGUCCGGGGUGAUUUUGGCCCAGGUAUUUCUGUGAUGACGUAGUUCCUCACAGCUGCCGGCUCUUCCUCAGCCCAAAAGCGGCCGAGCAAACCCUGAGCGCGUGGAAGAGCCUCCGGCCUGUGGCCUGCCCGGAGGGGAAAGUGCUUUGCUUCAGGACCAGCAGUGUGACACCAGCAAUGGAGCUUAUGGUAAAGCUCAGCCCCUGCCCAGCUCCUCAGUAAAGGUACUGAAAGCAGCUUGGUGAGAAAAGAGCUGCCUCGGUUCUGGAUUUAGACCCAAGACUGAGGGCUAGAGAGUAAUCCAGAGGGGCAAGAACAUUUGGACCUGGGUUGACAGGGACAGGAAAGAGAUUUCUGCCUAAAGGGAAGCAUCUGGGCCCGAGAGGCAGGACUGGGCAUCCCUUCCCCGCUCUGAGCUCGGGGCCUCUUGCCCCCGUGUCUAAGCGCCGCAGCGGGAGGCAAAGCUCUCCUGCGGAGCCCUUGGUCUCCUGGCCAGCCUGGUCCGAGCUGCUGCUGCUGCUCUGGUUUGCAGUUGGCGUGAGAAGCUGGCACGCAGACCUGCCUUUUAUUUGGGGGGUAAUGGGCUGUUUUUAAAUGUAAUAUAGCAUGUCUUUUAUAUGUUUGUAUGUGUACCGGUGCAGCCCGGCACCCCAGUGCCGCGUGGUCGGAGCUCCUGCCGGUUGCCCGCCUUGCUCGGCCGAGGGAGGCACCGGGGCAGAGCUCAACCUCCCGGCACAGCCGCCGUGGCCGCGCACGGGUGCUUGUGGGUGUUGUGUGUCCUGCAUGUUGGUGCAUGUCUCUGGUAUGUGUCGAGGGCUCCCCACGCGUCUGCAGCAGCUGGAGACAUGUGGGGCGGGGGCUCGCUCGGCCCCCGUCUGCAGCCUGCUCCUGCAGCGCGGGGGGCACCCGCCAGCCCCAUUCGAGCCCAGCGGGUAAAGGAGCAUCGCCGAGGAUGGGGCAGCGGCGUGCCAUGCUGUCACCCACCAUGAAUCCGCAGACAGAGCGGGGCUGGUGGGGGAAAGCUGGGAGUUGUCACUGCUCUUGUCUGUUUUGCGUGAUGCAGAAACGGGUGGCGUUUAUGCAGGAACAAUAAACCACGGUGCUCCUGA